CAGUCCCCCGCUGCAUGGGGAUCUCUUAAGCUCUCACUCUUCGACCGUCUUCAUGUCAGACAACAGCGAAGGAAGGAAACUGCCGGUUUUUUCUUUACAACCGAAGGAACUUUCUAUCUGACAGCAACACCCAUUUAGGACAACCGUCAAUCCACAACAAACUUGUCUUUUCAGGGAUUAAUCUAAACUAAACUGGGAUUUAACAGCCUGGAGGCCGGGGUUAUGGAUUUUAACCUUCUGACGGACAGCGAGGCCCGUAGCCCGGCGCUGUCGCUCUCGGACUCCGGGACCCCUCAACACGAUCAGGGAUGCAAAGGCCAAGAAAACAGCGACACCGAAAAGUCUCAUCAGAAUCAGACGGACGAGUCUAACGCGGAGGACGGGUCGUUGAAGAAGAAGCAGCGCAGACAGCGGACGCACUUCACCAGCCAGCAGCUGCAGGAGCUGGAGGCCACCUUCCAGAGGAACCGCUACCCGGACAUGAGCACACGCGAGGAAAUAGCGGUAUGGACGAACCUCACAGAGGCGCGCGUAAGGGUGUGGUUUAAGAAUCGCCGAGCCAAGUGGAGGAAGAGGGAACGCAACCAGCAGGCGGAGCUCUGCAAGAACGGCUUCGGCGCCCAGUUCAACGGACUCAUGCAGCCUUACGACGACAUGUACUCGGGUUACUCCUACAACAACUGGGCCACCAAGAGCCUGGCCAGCAGCCCCCUGUCGGCCAAGAGCUUUCCCUUCUUCAACUCCAUGAACGUGAGCCCCCUCUCCUCCCAGCCCAUGUUCUCACCCCCCAGCUCCAUCUCCUCCAUGAACAUGGCCCCCUCCAUGGUGCCCUCGGCCGUGACGGGGGUGCCCGGCUCCGGCCUCAACAACCUGGGCAACCUCAACAACCUCAACAGCCCCACCCUGAACUCAGCCGUGUCCGCCAGCGCCUGCCCCUACGCCACCACGGCCAGCCCCUACAUGUACAGAGACACGUGCAACUCCAGCCUGGCCAGCCUGCGGCUCAAGGCCAAGCAGCACGCCAACUUCGCCUACCCAGCCGUGCAGAACCCGGUGUCAAACCUAAGCCCCUGCCAGUACGCGGUGGACCGGCCGGUAUGAAGACACCCGACCCCAUUCCCCUGACCCUGCCCCCUGCCCUGACUCCUGCCCCCUCCCCACCCCCUCUUCUCCCUUCAUGCGCUAUCACUGACUUUGAGUUACCGCGCAACAAGGUGGACUGGUUAGCAAGAUGUUCGUUUUGUUUUUUUAUUUUUGAAAUGAUGUACGCAACAGGAAUAAGCUUCUCAAUUAAGUACCGCUUUGCGACGGACCACACUACAAAGGAACUCAUUCAAAAACUUACUGAGACUUUGCUGUUUUUUUGCAGACCUUGCAGACCUGACCAACUGUUACAAAGGAUUUCAAAAACAUGUCCACUGUCAUUUUGGACUGCAUGAGUAGAGUGAAUAGGAAAGUAAAACAUGAAACCGAAUGCUUUUACAAUACCGGUGGCUGACGUUAGGCACACACAGUAUCAACAGUGCCGAUUACAACCGAUGUAAAGGGGACCUGUGGUUGUAAUAGGGGCUAGAGGAUGUAUAUAAAGGACUUUUUCUUGUUUUGUAUGUGACAAAAAUAUCUAUAAAAUGUAGUACUUUGAAGAUGAAAAAGCAUGUUCUUCAAGAGCAGAACCUAGAGUGACGUACUAUGAGUACAUCUUUUAGGAAUUUUAAUCUUUGUUAUGAAUUCCAUUCGCCUCAGCAGGUCAAAGGUGCCUGUCAGACCAGAGAGGAAUGUCGGCAGCGAGUAGUCUUCAAAAAGAAUAAAAAAACAUGAAAAAACUAUAAUAACAAUUUCCACAUCCACCAGAGAAUGAGAAUUAGAAAUUAAAAAGAGGCAACUAAAAAAAGCCAUUGAAUAUUUAGAUUUGUGUGGUGUUACAAAAAAGGGAGUCCAUGACUGUAAAAAAAAAUGUAUGUAAGAGUGCAGUUGUUAUAAAACAAGCUUUUUCUGGUGUAGCCUGCUUUGUCUGUUUUUAUGAAUAGCACAUGUAUAAGAAAAUACCGUUGAAGAAGAUACCAGUUCCUUCCUAAUGUCUUUAUUUCUAGCACACGACCUUAGAGCAGUGAUCCACUUAACACGCACUGUGUUCUCAUGAUACGCCCAUAAGGUGGUCAACAUUGCCUAAAACGCUACAGCCAGGGCGAUAUUAGUGUGCUUUUUUUGUUCCGUCACUGAUACUUUUGACCGAUGUGCGGAGGCACAGCCUUCGUGGCCUCUCCGGGCUAUCCCUGAACAGCGAGGCAUUUUUUGGUACCGUGCCCUCCAGAUCAUUCCAGACUGUGCCAACAUUAUAUAAGCAUGCUGCCCCCCAGGGCAAUGGAAUGAGGGUCCUCUAGUGCCUGUAAUAACUAUCCACAGCACAUAUUCAGAGCAAGCAAAAUACUGCAUUGAAUUAGCGUUUGUUGGUUGCGCCCAUGCUGAAUCUCUUCUGCUCCAGAUUUGCUUAAAGGCACCCGGCGUGUUCCUCUGUGAAAAUAAAACCCGGGGAAAGAUUGGCUGGACGUACAGAACUUUUCUUUUUUUUACCCUCAGCUUGGCGUGUGUUUGUCAUGUGCAACAAAAUUUGCCGAACUUCUUGACUGACUCCAGAAAACCUAAAAAAGAGCUCCACUGAGUCACAGAUGUUAAACGUUAAUGUUAUUUUCAACUUCUGAUUGACAUUUUAGAGAGUGAUCCCGGUGCCCUUUAGCUUUGAUUACGCUUGCACACAAGGAGAUACUCCGUCAGCUGCAUAAUCCCCAGUUUUACACAAACCGUACUGAUAACAAAAAAACUACUGUUAAAAAGAUUAACUUGAGACUUCAUAACGCAGGACCAUAUUUAAGCGUGCAAAGUAACACACUGUAAAGCAGCAGAACAUGACAUCGUAUCACCAUAUCAGGCUGCGCAGCAUUAGCAGAUGAUGCAGGUUUUCAUUGUUAUUAAGUCAUGAUUAACUCCAGUAAUCAGUCCUCAGUCAUACCAGAGACCACUUGUCUGCCGCUACAGCAAUGUCAGAUUCCCUGCAGUUCGUUGAAUAUGCCCUGAAGGACAUUUACGUUUGGUCUUCAUGGUGUCCCACACAAACUGAAAUGCUUCAGCAAAGAAACCCUUGGUGACCAGUGAGCUAACAUAGUAUUGCAAUUGAUAAUCAAACGCGAUAUAGACCAAACCCUCCAUGUUAGUCAAAAACGC